UAAUUUUUUUGUGAUAAAAAUUAUAAAAAAAUGUGGCGAGUUGUUGUAGCUAGAUCAGAUGACAACAGUACUCUGUUGUCAUCAGAAAUAUCAUCGGGUACAGUUGGUCCAAAUCAUUUAUCAAGUUUACCAGCUCCACCACCAAGUCAUCAUUAUUAUCCUGGCUAUCCACCACCCCCACAUCAUCCUCCUUAUCAACCACAACAUACAGACAUGCGACAUCACGAUAUGAGACAAGAUUUGCGACCUGAAUUACGUCAAGAUAUGCACAGACCAGAUAUGAGACAUCAACAACAACAACAACAGCAACAACAACAACAACAAGAUAUGCAUCAAAGACAAGAUAUGGGACAAAGAAAUGAGACUGGUAUGCGUCAAGAAAUGCGACAUGAUAUGUCACAACAUCAAGAUAUGGGUAUGAGACAAACAAGUCAUGAUUUAACUGAAUUAAGACCAAGUCAUGAAUUACCAGAACUUAAAAUUGAUGGACCAGAACUUAGAAGUCGUGAUACACAAAAUCAAGGACAUCAAAGAAAUUUAAAAAGGCCACUGAGUGAUUCUGAUUGUGAUGAUGUAUUCUCCGAAGAGAGUGGAAAAGAACCAUGCAAUUCACCUGGUGGUGAUUCAUGCCAGCACGCGUCACGUAAAAGAAGACGUGGUAUGAUUGAAAAAAAAAGAAGGGACCGAAUAAAUGCAUCACUAAGUGAAUUGAGAAGGCUUGUUCCUGCCGCUGCUCGAGAUCCACAUUCUGGAAAACUUGAAAAAGCUGAAAUUUUACAGCUAACUGUUGAACAUCUCAGAUCAUUACGCAAUAAAGGAGCUGAGGGUUAUGAUAGUACAAAAUUGGCUAUGGAUUAUCAUGCUGUUGGUUGGAGUGAAUGUGCAUCUGAAGUUGGAAGAUAUUUAACAACAAUGGAAGGACUUGAUGAACGUAAUCCAUUAAGAUUACGUGUUAUGUCACAUUUACAAAGUUUUCAUCGUGAACAUCCACCAAGUAAUUCAUCAACAGUUCCACCAUCUCCAUCAUUAGGAUCAAAUUCAACAGCAGCUAGUUAUGAUUUACCAAGUACUAGUGGAGGUAUGCCACCUGGUAGUGGUACAGUACCACCACCACUUAUUGGUAGUAGUGGUUUUGGAUGGGGACAAUAUCCUGGACAAUAUCCACAACAACAACAUGGUAAACCAUAUCGUCCUUGGGGUGCUGAACUUGCAUAUUAAAUAAAAAUAAUUUAAUUUUUUUUUUUCAUUCAAUAAAUCCC